AUGCUCCUGCGCACCAUCAUCCUCGUGCUCAGCGCCGCGUCGGCGCUCAGCGCCGCCGUACCGCGCGGCAAGCCCUGCCCAACGACCACUACGCCGCCCGAUGGCAAGAUCACAGCGACCACCAAACAGAGGGGUAACAAGGUUGCUGUCGUUGGCAAGGUGCUCAACGGCGCCGAGCUGUUCGGGGGGAUCCCGUUUGCCCAGCCCCCCACUGGCGAUCUCCGCUGGGCGCACCCCCUGCCGGCCGAGUACGGCGCCGCGGUCGACGCGACCCAGCUGGGCGACAUAUGCCCCCAGGACCUUACAUACAGUGCGAUCGCGUAUAACAUGAGCGAGGACUGCUUGAACCUCAAUGUCCAGCGGCCGGUGGGCACGAGUCCCAAAGACAAGCUCCCUGUCCUGUUCUGGAUCUAUGGCGGCGGCUUUGUCGGCGGCAACAGCGCAAAGUACACUUCUCCGUAUCUGGUCAACUACGGAGCGGCCACGGGCCGGCCGUUCGUCCUCGUCACGGCCAACCACCGACUGGGAUACCUUGGCUGGCCGUACGGCGACGACUUUGCAAAGAACAAUGCAGGGAACCUUGGGCUUCGUGACCAGAUCCUGGCGCUCGAAUGGGCGCGCGACAACAUUGCAGGGUUUGGUGGUGAUCCCAAGAAGGUCACGGUAUUCGGUCUCUCGGCUGGCGCGAUCUCCGUGUCAAUCAUGAUGCUUGACAAGAAGCAGAAGCUGUUCCGCGGCGCAAUCAUGCAGUCGGGCCCUGCGUCCGCGACUGGGGUCUACCGCGUCGACGAGGCCUGGCAGGAGCCCUACGACGAGUUUGCCCGACUUGCAGGCUGUGCUGCACCAGUCAACACGACGCGAUGGGCGUGCUUGAAGGCUCUCCCGGGCCCGCAAGUAUGGAACGCGAGUAUUGCCAUCCACAAUAACCUGACCUGGAUGGCGCCGUACUUCAACGCUCCGAGCAUUGAUGGCGAGAUCCUCCCCGACCAUCCGUACGACCUUAUCAAGCGUGGGAACGUCGCCAACAUCCCCUUCAUUUCCGGUACGGUUGCCGACGAGGGCACAGUGUUCGUCUUUGAUCCACUAAUCCCCAAGGACGAGAACGGCACGAGACAGUUCAUCAAAGGCAUGUUUCCCCACGGGCUGCCUGACCCGCUCCUGGACAAGAUCAUCAAGAUGUACCCCAAUGACCCGGCCGUGGGAUCGCCCUUUGGCACAGGAAACGAGACCUUUGGGGAGCCGCCAGCCUGGAAGCAGACGACUGCGAUCUUUGGCGAUAUGCCAUUUGAGAGCAAACGUAGGUGGUUCCACCGCAGCGCCAAUAAACACGGCAACUGCAACACCUGGUCCUACUUGUGGAAGACAAAGAACCCCACUACCCCGGCUAUGUAUGGGUUCGCUCACGCCGACGACGUUUCCUACAUGUUUGGGCAAGUCAACGUCACGGCGAACUACACUGCGGAAGAGGUAGAGGUCUCGGAGGCCAUCAUGAACUACUGGAUCAACUUUGCUUACUACCUCGACCCGAACGGAAAGGACAGCAGAAGACGCUCCAACACGUUCGAGCCCCCGCCUGGUGUCGAUCACCCCAACACCACCGCCGUGUUCCCCUUCUGGCCGGUCCACAGCUUCCCCAAGAACAAGGACACGCUGCUGUUCAGCCCGGGUAACAUAACCAUCAUUCAGGACGACUAUCGCGAGGAGCAGAUCGACACCUUCUUGCUGCCGGAGAUGAUUCGACCUUUGGGACAAUGACAGCCUUGGGCGGCAGAGUGGAAGCCGGCUCGGAAUGGACAAGCCGGAACUCGUCUGGACACUGAUACACAAUGCUCGAUGCACUAUAAUACAGCAAG